GCUCAAACAAAGUCAGAAACAUUUUAUCCUCGAUAAGAUUUUUUAAAAUUGUAACAAAGAUAUACUAUGUAAAAGCCUGUAAAACACAACUCUGGUUUCCACGAGUUGACGUUUGAUUAUUGUAUAACUUUUUUCUCGUUUAUACACCGCGUAAGUAGUAAAUAAAAGUGAUGAUAAAAAUCCCCAGCUGAGCUUCGUUGGCAGCCAAGCUAUCUUGACGUUUGCUAUAUUUAGAUCUGCUGUUUGUUUUAACCGGAGCAAUGGGUGGGUGUUCUGCUCCAAACUGCUCUAAUUCAACUAGCAUAGGAAAACAGCUGUUCAGGUUCCCCAAAGACCCUCUGCGGAAGAAGAAAUGGGUGAUGAAUUGCAGACGGGACUUCGAGCCGACUCCUCACUCCAGACUCUGUCAGGACCAUUUUGAGCCAUGCCAGUUUGAGGAGAUAGCGAGGUCUCCGGCGGGGGGGAGGAAGCUGAAGCCCAACGCCAUCCCCAGUAUGUUCAAAUGUGGAGAGCCUCCUUACCCAGUACUCACUUCUCCUUACAUCUUGAUGUCAAUGAAGCAUGAACCAGUGGAGAAGGAUCUGAAUUUUGGAGACCAUGGCUAUGCCAGACGCACCCCCCUGCCCGGCCUGGAGGGGGAGGAUGCAGACGGGACUGGGGAGGACCAGCAGCCCUGCACACAGUGUCAGCUCCUGAAGAAGCAGCUGGAGCAGGAGAUGCAGCACACUGCCAGGCUGCAGAAGGAGGCGGAGGAGAUGAAGAAGCGCCUUUAUCGCCUCGACCGAAUCGAGAAUGGUCUCCAGAACUUCCUGUACGAGGACCAGAUCCGCGCCCUGUCCCUCUCCAAGCGCUCCCGCCGUGCCGUCUGGGCUCCAGAGACCAUCAUGAAGGCUCGGAAGAUCCGCUGCGCUGUCGGCACGAAAGGCUACGAGUACCUGAGGGAGGUGGGGUACCCUCUGCCCUCCUACAGAACUCUGUGUAACCGCCUGGAGACUAAAAUCAUGGUAACCACGGACAUGAGCUGCGAGGAGCUGGCCGAGCUGGGCCUGGGGCUCAUGGCCGCCUGCGACAGCCCCACGGAGGGGGGCGGGGACAACGACGAGGAGGAACUCAUAGGGGUUCUGUCCUGAGGGGGCAGUUUGCAUGACUCAAGAGAAGAAGCUGCUGUUUCUGUAGAUGUGACUUCAAGUUGGGAACAUUGUGCUUCAUCCAUGAAAGACUGAAGCAUCAGUUGAAUGUAUGCUUGGCUUCAGUGACUGAUCUGCACCACUAAAACGUCAGUUGGUGACUAAGAAUAGGCAUGGGAUGAUAUUAGAGCUGCAUCGAUUUUCAGCCUCUUUAAACUGACUUCCUGAUUUUCUCUGCUUCAUAAUAUUCAAGUGAAUAUGCUUGGCUUUGAGCCUUCCAAACAAGACAUGUAAAGACCCUUGAAAUCUGAAAAGGUCGCAGGUGACCAAACCAUGAAUUGAGGAGAAUAAAUGGGGGAUUUAUUGCUAAUAAAAUAAUUGUUAGUUGCAGCCUAGAUGAUAUGAAAUUCUCUUGUCACAAUUAUCCUUGCCCAAAAAAUAAUCCCAAAAUGAAUUACAGAUCUACUAAAAGAUAUUAGAAUCAGUUUAUAUCAUCAAUUAUUUAUCAAAUAUCUUGAAGGCAUCACACAUUGGACAAACGUCAUGUUUAGUGGACAUCCUUUUAACCCUCCUGUUAUCCUUGGGGUCAAUUUGACCCCAUUCAAUGUUUAACGUAUGGAAAGAAAUGGUUCACAUUAUUUUCUUUGCUUAGUAUUUCAUGACGUUUCCUAAUUUAGUGAGGACUAAGGGGUAAACAUAAAAUGAACAUGAAGAUCUUUUUUAAAUGUCCUGUACGCACUUUGUAUGCAUCGGUGAUCCUUGGGGUCAAUUUGACCCCAGGCUGUUUUAGUAGUAUAAAACAUGUAAAAAUGUCAACAUUUUACACAUAUUUGUGUUGAUUGUGUAGGAUGAUAUUGAGGUGACUAUUACAUGCAAAUGUAUCAUUGUAAAACAAAACUACCCUCUGAUUUAGUUAUUGGUCCUUUAACAACAUCAAAAAGAUCUUACUUUAACAUUUUAUUUCAGUACGUGAGAUUUUAUGGUGAUUUAUAUAUUUUUCGAUAUUCACAUAAUAGGAAUUCUGGAUGUAUAAAGGGGUCUGUGGGGGGGAAGGUUGGGGUAAUAUUUUAUUUAAAUGGUUAUUUAGGUAGUCAACUAAGAUACCUAAAGCACCAGAGACAUACAUGUUGGUUAAAAUGUGGAAUAUGAUCAUUGUCUUGAGUUUUAAACUACUGGGGUCAAAUGGACCCCAGAGGAUGAAGGGUGUAAAGUAAAUCUGAGGAUAACAGGAAGCUUAAGUUAACAACAAACAGUCUUAAGAAAUGUAUCACAAGGUCCGCCUGCAUUGAUGCAUUUUUUGAAAAAUAGCACAAGCCUGUUUUCUUACAUGAUAAGUAUGUAUUUUCAUAAUCAGGCUCCAAUAUUCACUUCUCUACCACAACAACUAGCAAGACAGCUUCUUCCUGUCACUGAAUAUUUACAGAUAUAUCACUCUCAACCUACCUAUCUAUCUACCUAUCUAUCUAUCUAUCUAUCUGCCAUAAAAUGUGAUAUAAGCCCAGCCCUACUAAGAACUCAUUUGCACAGAGCCUGAUGAAAUUUGCUUGGUUAAUGUGCUUCAUGACGGUGUUCACAUGCCCAAUAAAAGCCUGGUAUUAUUCAGGAUACUCAAAUGUUCUGAGAGCGGAGGAACUAUACUCUGGAUUACAGAGUAAUGACUUAAGGCAUGUACAUAUCUCACACUAUAAACUGCUUCCUGUACAUUAUGCAAGCUUUACUUUCCCAUUGUAUGUAUCAUUUGAUGGCCUGUGCAUAAGCCGUAAAACACAACUGGGAUAACAUCGAGUGUCAAUGAAGAUAUUUAGCAUUUAAACAUAAUCAGAGGGGUUAGUUUUCACACUAAGCAUAGUGCUGUAGUAGUGCGAUUCAAUAGCUUGUACUUUUCUGACUUGAAGUGUUUGUGAGGACUUGCAGUGCAGUUGUAGUUACCAAAAAAAAAUUCACAUACCCAAAACAACACUGGCAGUGUGAGAAAAUAAAGAGCUUGUAAAGAA